AGAAAAAUAAAGGGUGUUUCAUUUGUGAACUUGCUCAUUUAAGAUAAGCCUAGUUACAAAGUUAUCAUAUUACAUACUUUGUAUUACACAAAAACAAUGGAAAGAAAAGUUUGCAUAGUAGGAGCAGGCAUUAGUGGUUUAUUAGCAUGUAAGUAUGCCCUUUCUAAGGGCUACCACCCCAUUGUUUUCGAGUCUCGUAGCGCCGUUGGUGGUGUUUGGACUCAAACUGUAGAGACUACUAAGCUUCAAACUCCUAAACCAUUGUUCCAAUUCUCUGAUUACCCUUGGCCUUCUUCAUUGGAAACACUUUUUCCUGACAAAAAUCAAGUAAUUGAUUACUUAAGAUCGUAUGCUAAGCAUUUUGAUUUGCUUAAACAUGUUAGAUUUAAUACUAAGGUUGUUAGUAUUAAGUAUGAAGGUCCAUCUCAUGAAGAAAUUCAAUCUUGGGCUCUUUGGAGUGGUAAUGGUGACCCCUUUGGUAAUAUGGGCAAAUGGACUGUCAACACCCAAGAUCUCCUUAAUCAAUCAACUCAGGUGAUGGAAGUAGAUUUUGUGAUCUUGUGUGUUGGACGAUUCAGCGAUCUACCGAACAUACCACAGUUUCCUUCAGGCGAAGGACCAGAAGUAUUUCAAGGGAAGGUCAUGCAUUCUAUGGAUUAUUCUGCCUUAGACUAUGGAUCUGCUAGAAAUUUAGUCGGCGGAAAACGAGUUACCGUGGUUGGCUUCCAAAAAUCUGCUCUUGACAUUGCUAUGGAGUGUUCAAUUGUCAAUGGAGUAGAACAUCCGUGCACGGUAAUAUGCAGGACUCCGCAUUGGAAUGUACCAGACCUCUUUCCUUGGGGAAUUCCUAUCACAAGCUUGUAUUUGAACCGUUUUUCGGAAUUCUUGCUUCAUAAGCCCGGAGAAGGUCCUCUGCUUAGUCUCUUAGCCACACUACUUUCACCUCUAAGAUGGGGAAUUAGCAAAUUUGUCGAAUUUGAUAUAAUGUACAGACAUCCUCUAAAGAAAUUCGACAUGGUACCGGACCAUAGCUUCCUACAAGAAGUUAGCUCUUGUAAGCUCUCAAUAGUCCCAGAAGGGUUUUAUGACAAUGUUGAGAAAGGAAGUAUUAUUUUGAAGAGAUCCCCUGCCUUUAGCUUCUAUAAAGAGGGUGUUAAACUCGACUAUAGUAUUAAAUCGACGAAGCCUAUUAAGAGUGACUUGGUUAUUUUUGCUACGGGAUAUAAGGGUGAUCAGAAGCUCAAAGACAUUUUUGAAUCUUCCGAAUUUAAGGAUUACAUGUUUGGCUCCUCCAAUGAAACACUUUCAUUGUACAGGAAAUGUAUCCAUCCCCGGAUUCCACAACUUGGAGUGAUUGGAUUUUCGGAGAGCCUUGCAAACUUGUACACUUCAGAAAUAAGAUGUCGUUGGUUAUUCGAACUACUUGAUGGCAAAUUCAAACUGCCAAGUAUUGAAGAAAUGGAGAAAGAUAUUAUAGAAUGGGAGAAAUUUAUGAAGAGGUACUCAGGCAAGUAUUAUAGAGGAUCUUGCAUUGGAGCUUUGCAUAUUUGUUACAAUGAUCAGCUUUGCAUUGACAUGGGCUUGAACCCAAAGAGAAAGGAUGGAUUCUGGGCUGAGCUGUUCGAGCCAUACGGCCCAAUGGAUUAUGCUUAAAACUAAUUUUACUGCAGUAUAAUUAGAAGGCGUAUUUAUAUUUAUAUUUAUAUUGUACUAGAUGAAGCUCGUGCGAAACGGGUUGUUUGUAUUUUUCAAACAAAUAUUUUACUAAAUAUAUAUUUAACUGAUAAACUUUGUGAUAUUUGCUUG